AUGACGACGACCAGCAAGCAGCAAGAGAUUGACGAGUUCAUCAAGAUCUGCUAUGAGCUCAAGGAAGAGGUCCUCACGACGAUGAAGACCAAGUACACGAUGCCCCAGGAGGCCAUCGACUGGGUCAACGAGAUGAUCGACUACAACUGCAUUGGCGGCAAGCUGAACCGUGGCAUCAGCGUCAUCCACUGUGCCGAAGCGUUGACGCAGGGCAAGGGCUUGACGCCCGAGGCCCGCAAGAAGGCGGCGAUCCUCGGCUGGUGCAUCGAAUGGCUCCAGGCGUUCUUUCUCGUCGCCGACGACGUCAUGGACGACUCGAUCACGCGCCGUGGCCAGCCGUGCUGGUACCGCAUCCCCAAGGUCAAGCAGAUCGCCAUCAACGACGCGUUCUUGCUCGAGUCGUUUGUCUACCAAAUCCUCAAGACGCACUUCCGCGGCGAGAGCUACUACCUCGACCUCGUCGAGACCUUCCAGGAGGUCAUCUUCCAGACGGAACUUGGCCAGCUUCUCGACUUGACGUCGCAGCCGCUUGACGGCCCGACGAACCUCGACCGCUUCACGAUCGAACGUCACCAGAAGAUUGUCGUCUUCAAGACGGCGUACUACACGUUCUACCUCUCGGCGGCAUCGGCCAUGUUCCUGAGCGGCGUCUCGGACCCGGCGUGCUACACGCUUGCGCAGGAGAUUUGCGUCAAGAUCGGCGAGUAUUUCCAGGUCCAGGACGACUACCUCGACUGCUACGCCGACCCGGAAGUCCUUGGCAAGAUUGGUACGGACAUCCAGGACAACAAGUGCAGCUGGCUCGUCGUCCAAGCGCUGGCCCGCGCGACGCCCGAGCAGCGUGCAGUCAUCAAGGAGCACUAUGGCAAGAACAACGAGGCGUCGAUUGCCGUCAUCAAGGCGCUCUACGUCUCGCUCGACCUCGAGGGCGUCUACCGCAAGUACGAAAACGAGAGCUACGACGAGCUUUGCAAGCUCAUCGGCGCCGUCAACAACAUGCCCGCGACCGUCUUCCACAUGCUCCUCAGCAAGAUCUACAAGCGCACCAUGUAA